UCAGUGAGUGGAUCUCAGCGCGCAAAUGUUUUGUUUUCUAAUUUCCAUAAAGAUUUAUCAUCUUGUUAUUAUUUGAAUUCUACUCGGGCUGUAAACGUUGAAAGAGAAAAAAGGGGGGGAUAUCCCGGAUCGAAAAUAAAGCCAUCUACAAUGGUCCUCAGUCAAAUCGAUGCGGGCAAAGCUUUGAGUUCGGCUGCUGCCAAAGGGAAAAUGAGCGAGGUGCAGAGGAUUCUGGAGGAAUGCAGAGUGCAUCCUGAUACACUAAACGAAUUCGGCAGGACUGCCUUGCAGGUGAUGAUGAUGGGGAACUCCAAGAUAGCCAGUUUACUACUGGAACAUGGAGCGGACCCAAACGUCCAGGAUAGACAGGGUAUAGCACCAGUGCAUGACGCAGCUCGAGCCGGAUUCCUGGACACCCUGCAGGUUCUGGUGGAGUACGGCGCAUCCGUGAACAUCCCGGACCAGAACGGCACCCUGCCUAUCCACAUUGCCAUCCGGGAAGGCCACCGGGACUUGGUGGAGUUCCUGGCGCCCAGGUCCAACCUCAAGCACGCCAACACCAGCGGCCACACGGCGGUCGACGUCGCCCGAGCCUCGUGUGUGCCGGACAUGAUAGACUUGGUGUUCGCUCAUCUUCACAGUUAAGCCAGAGCUCUAGGUUGUGGGGUUUACCUCCUCCGGGCAACCUGUAUGACACUCAUCUUUAACUACCUAGUGACUUGAAUUCAUUGCUGUGAAAAAAGGUUUUUAUCUUCUUUCUGCCCCCCCCCCCCGUUAAUAGUCGUUCAUGGUUGAUGUUUUGCAGUGAACAUACUGUCUUGGCAGCUUAAUUUCAGUGGAUAGGUCGAUAUGCAUGCACCUCUUUUGCACAGUGCAAUUUAGGCACCUUAUAUGUACUUUUUUUCCCUCUGAAUUUGAAGUGCACACUUGUAGGUAGAUUUCCCUCGUCCUCAGUGUUAUGUAACUAUUACAUUGUUGUUUUUUCAUUGUGUAAGGAUUUUAACUAUUGAUAUUCGUGGUUUUUAAAUGUUUUUUUUUUAUCAAACUUUGCAUGGUGCACCCGUAUUGAUUUUUGCAUAGUCUUGUGUUUCUCUUAAUUAGGGGUACGUGGAUUAUUAAUUGUACUCCUCUAUUUAUUAUUUGAAAUGGUACUAUAAAUAUUCAUGACUUUGUAAAUAGUUACGUAUAAUAUGAAUUGAAAUGUUAUUUAUACAAAUACUUUAAAGACAGAAAUAUUAGUAUUCGUUUUUCCUUUGGUGGUCAAGAGUA